AUGGCAUUCACGCCUUUUACUUUACAAACUCUCAUAAGGAACAUACCACUUGGUAGUGAUGGCCAACAAAAUACAAAUCAAAAUCCGGGAGGUAUUUUGGGUUGGCCAGGUAGAGAUGGUAAAGGUGGAACUACUAGCUCAAGACUUACAAGUGGCAUUAGUUGGGGAAAUAAAGACAAUAAAGUAGUAAUAGAAGCUGUAGAAGCUUGGGAAAAUAAUUUAUAUAUUGGUACAUCUGAUGGAAAUCUUUUACAUUAUGUUGUUGAUGAUCAAAUAUCACCAGAAACUGGAACACCAUAUGAAUACUUGAUUUCAAAGAAAUUGAUUUUUGGAAAGAGAAUUGUUGAAAAAAUUGUUUUAUUUCCUCAAAUUAUGAAAGCUGUAAUAUUUUAUUCCACUUUAUCAUUUUUUUCAUUGCCUGAAAUGGAAGCUUUACCAGCAACAGAUUUUCCUUUAAUCAAAGGUGUAACAUGUUUCUCUCAUGAUUUAUCAAUGGAGGGAAAAACUGAGAAAGAUGGCAGUGUAAAAAUUUGUGCAAUAAAAAAAAGAUCAAUAAACAUCUUUUCCUUAAAUAAUAAUUGCGUUGAGGAAGAGAAUAUUCAAUUACCAGAUGGUGCAAUUACAGCAUGUCAAUAUGGCCAACAUUUAUUGGUAGCUGAUAAUUAUCAAUAUAAUCUUAUCAAUUUGAGAGCUAAACAUUUGGAUAACUUGAUGACUUAUAUUGAUAGUAGAAAUGAUCGUAACUCACCAAUUGGAGCUGAUAUAUUUAAACCUAUAGUUACUACUACAAUAGGACAAUUUGUUUUAUCAAAUGGUGAUCCAGUUCGAGGAAUAUUACAAUGGACAAGUUUUCCUCGAGCAAUUGGAGUGGAUUAUCCUUACGUUGUUGCAUUACUUCGUAACAACACUAUAGAAAUUCACAAUAUUAUUGAUCAAAAACUUGUUCAAACUGUUACUUUAAGGACAAAAGCAAAAACAAUUUCAACUGGUCCAGGAAUUAAAGUUCAACCAUCUGAAAUGUACAAAAGAUUAAAAUUAGAAAAUAGAAUUAUUGGCCGAAAUAAAAAAACCCCAAGUGAAUCGGGAAAUUCUAAAGUUAUAAAUAAAGAAAGUGAUAAUAUUACAUCAAGUUUGAAUGAUAAUAAAAGCGAGGUCAAUACUAUAGAACAGAAUGAACUACUUACAAGUGAGCCUACAAGACUUAUCAUUUCGGGAGUUGAUUCUGUCAUUGCAUUGGCUGCUACUCCUUUGAUUCUCCAGGCUGAUUAUUUGCUUGACUCCAAUCGUUUUGAGGAAGCUUUAUCAUUAGCUGAACAAGCAAUGAACACGACAACCCCAGAAAUUACUCGCAAUAGGAGAAUAAAUUAUGAAAUAAAUUAUAUUUAUCAAAAAUCAGGAUAUAUUUUUCUGGGAGAAACACUUUUAGAUGAUGCAUUUUCUUCUUUUGAGAAGGGAAAAACUGAUCCAAGAAUAUUGAUUCAAUUAUUUCCAGAUUUGGAAGAUAUUAUUGGAGAUGAUGAGGUGGUCCAAGUUUUUUCAGGGAUUGGAUCUCUUCUUGACGACUUUGGAAGUUUUGAAGAAAUUGAUAUUGAAACAGCAUCAGCAACUCAAGGAUUACGUAAAACCUUAAUCACAAAUGCCAAAGAAAAUUUACAAAAAUAUCUAUCCAAAUAUCGAGAGCAAUUUGAUUUGAAGGCUAUAUCAAAAGACGAAAAAAAAAUUUUACAGGCUGUGGAUAAUGCACUUGUUAGACUUUUUAUAGAAAACAAUUCAGAUAAAUUAUUAAAUUCGUUAUUAGAAGGGCCAAAUUACUGUGAUUUAGGGCUCAGUGAACAAAUUUUAAUUAAUAAAAAGAAAUCUUAUUCACUUUUAUUACUUUACCAAAAAAAUAACGAGUUUCAAAAGGCAUUGGAACUUUGGCAUAGUUUAUUGAGUGAAAAGAAUCCUAAAAUAGAUUAUGCAACAGGCUUAGAAAAAAUGGUAGAUUUGUUAGGAAAAUUAGAUGAUAAAGAUUUAGUAAUGAAGUAUGCAAGUUGGAUUAUGAAAAAAGAUGAAAUAUUAGGCGCAAAGAUUGCAGGGUGUAUUGGUUUGAAGAUGUAUCUUGAAUAUUUAGUAACAAAACGUAAAAGUAAGGAAGAAUCACAUCAUACAGAACUUGUAUUAUUAUACAUUGAUGAAAUUAAUAAAUCGAUAAAAACAGAUGAAGGAAAGAUUAUAAAUGAGUUCUCGCAACAAUCUAAAGAUACGACAAAGACAUUUUUAUCAUUUUUAUUAUCUCAGCCUAUAGAAGAUUUAAUAUCACAAGAACGUGCUAAACUGAUAGCAUUUUUACAAACCUCGACUCAAUAUAAUUUAGAUAAAAUUUUAAAUAAAUUAUUAGAAGUUGAAAUAUUGAAAGCGGAAUUGGCAAUCAUUUAUGGCAAAUUGAGUGAACACGAGAAAGCAUUAAAUUUGUUGAUAAAUGAUUUAAGAGAUUAUAAUGGGGCAGAAAUUUAUUGUAUUUAUGGUGGUAAUAUGAUUGGUAUUAUUAAUAAGUCAUCAAAAAAAAAACAAGCUGAUAAAAUAAUCAAAGAGGAUAAAAAUGUUUUAACAAGGAGAAAAUCUUUAUUUUUAAUGUUAUUGAAUGUUUAUCUUGAAAAUGGAAAUGAAAUGGUUGAUAGGAUAAUAAGUUUAUUAAAUAAGCAAGCAAUCUAUUUAGAUCUUAUUGAGGUCUUGUCUUUAUUACCUGAAUAUUGGUCAAUUGAAAUGUUUAAUGAGUUUUUAGUUAAAUCAAUAAGAAAAGAUUAUCAUGAAUAUAGGGAGGGACAGAUUUUAAAAUCCAUUUGCCAUGCCUAUCAAGAAAUUGGGCCAAUAGUCAUUACGCAAAAUGUAAAAUGUACAAUAUGUAAAGAUUAUAUCAGUGGAUCAGAUUUCUUACGUAAAACAAAUAGUGAUCUUGUUCAUUUAAAAUGUGAAAAUCCCAAUAAUGAAAAUGAUAAUAAUAAUAAUUUACAACAAAUAAAUGGCAAUGAAAAUAAUAAACCAGCAGAUCCAUUAAAUUCUUAA